GCGGUAUCGUUUUCACUUCGCCUCCACUCCAACUUCCCUGCCUCAACUUAUAAUAACCGCUUUCCUUCACCCUCUCGCUUCUCAUCUCAUACAUAUUCCCAACUAAGCUGUGAGUAACCAUCUCUCUCUCUCUCUCUCUGUUUGAAACCCUAGCUGUUGAAAGAAAGUGAAUUUGAAUCUCGGAGAUUUUGAAUUUUUCUAUCCUUUUCACAGUUUCCUGAACUCUGUUUUCCCCCGUUUGUAAUUUGCGUUUCCUUGAGAGGUUCCGGCUGUGAGAAUAAUGGAAACGAAUGGGAACGAGGAAGUGACGAGCUUGUACUCUUUGUCCUGCCGUGAUCGACGGUUCUCGAAGCACAUCCAUGACAACGUCCACGGCAACAUCUACCUUGAUCCGUUCUUCUUACAAUUUGUUGACACAGAGCAGUUUCAGAGACUUCGCGAGCUAAAGCAACUUGGUCUAACGCACAUGGUGUACCCUGGAGCUGUUCAUUCUCGCUUUGAGCAUUCUCUGGGAGUUUAUUGGCUGGCUGGUGAAGCUGUUCAUACAGUUCAAGGUCACCAAGGCUCAGAGAUCAACAUUGAACGUAAUGAUAUCAGAACAGUAAAACUUGCUGGACUACUGCAUGAUGUUGGACAUGGACCAUUCAGCCAUCUGUUUGAGCGCGAGUUUCUUCCCCGGGUUCUUAAUGGAUCUGAAUGGUCUCAUGAGGACAUGUCAGUGAAGAUGAUUGAUUACAUUGUUGAUGCGCACCACAUUGAAAUAGAUGCUGCAAUCCUUAACAAUGUGAAGGAAAUGGUACUUGCUAGCUCAGCAAAUGCUUCACAAAAUACUGUGAAUGAAAAGCGUUUUUUGUAUGACAUUGUUGCAAAUGGUCGAAAUGGGAUAGAUGUUGAUAAAUUUGACUAUAUUGUACGUGACUCUCGUGCUUGUGGCCUUGGCUGCAAUUUUCAGUUUCAAAGGUUACUGGAAACAAUGAGAGUGAUGGGUGAUGAGAUAUGUUACCGGGCCAAGGAUUAUCUGACUGUCCACAAGUUAUUUGCUACUCGAGCUGAUUUACAUAGAACGGUUUAUACGCAUGCUAAAGUAAAGGCAAUAGAACUCAUGGUUGUAGAUGCUUUAACAUUAGCAAAUGGUGAACUUAGUAUAUCAGCCUCAAUCCAAGAGCCAGCUAAAUUUUGGAAGUUGGACGAUUCAAUAUUAAGACAAAUUGAAACUUCUGAUAAACAAGAGCUCAAGAAGGCCAGAGAUCUGGUCCUUCGCAUCCGGAGAAGAGAUCUGUACCAGUUCUGUAAUGAGUUCGCUGUUCCAAAGGACAAACAAGAACAUUUCAAGGACAUCACUCCUCAAGAUAUUGUUUGCUCUCAGAAAAAUGGUGACACUCCAUUGAAUGAGGAAGACAUUUCUGUGAGCAUCGUGAAAAUCGACCUGACUCGUGGGAGGAGUAACCCUCUCGAAAGGUACUUGCGGAAGAACAUAAUGUUUUCAUUGCACUUUUUUUUUUUUUUUCCUUUUCUUGAACAUUGUAACAGAUUUGGUGAGGCUCUCCUUGCAUGUAUUUCCACAUCCAGCAUAAAGUUUUUCCAGGAUUAUGAGAGCGAUUACAAAUUUCCGAUAAGAGAUGAGCGCAUAAGUCACUUACUGCCUGCAUUUUGUCAAGAUAUGAUUGUCAGAGUAUACUCCAAGAAACCUGAACUGGUAGGAGCAGUUUCUAAGGCCUUUGAAAAUUAUCAGCUAAAGACAUAUGGAAUGAAAGCACAGGUUCAUGACACUCCUGAGAAGAAGAAACGUCGGGUGUAAACAGUAAUCACCCACUACCUUCAUAUAUAAACAAAUAUAGUACAAUACUCAUUCUAGAAAUGUACAUUACUCUUAUGGCUUGACAGUAAAAAUUUUCCCAUACAACAUUUAAAUACUAAGAAACCUGUUAUGGUAUGCGUUAAAAAUUAA